AUGAGCGAAAACGUAGCGUGUGUUUCGGUUGAUGCGGCCAACUCGGACGAAGAGGAGGAUGAUGAUAUUGUUCGCGGCGUCGCCUCAAUGAGCAACCCGGUUAACUGCGCACUCAAUCUCCAUCCUUGCUGGGGGGAUUCCGAAGAGCGCCUCCUCCUUCGCGAGCUGGAUUAUGUCAAGGAGUUCUUAAUCGAAAAUCGCCACGUGCUCUCCUCGGCCUCGCUAACGGUUUCGGGAUCUAACCUGCUUGAGGGCGUCUUUGGGGUUCCCGCCACGGUCUUCCCUUUUUUGAUUCACGCCCGCGAAAGUCUUUCCUUUAUCACCUCAACUUUUGAAUGCAUUGAAAAUCACUACGGUCCGCUAAAGUACGAAAAUUUUGCAACUUUUAUAAAGGAUAUGUUUUAUAUAGAUCGUCCGGAUAUUGUUCGCCAUACACCGCGGAUUUUUCGAACCCUGGACGCAAAGAGGCGUGGAGUAAUUAGUUUUGAAGAGUUUUGCAGCUGGUUUGCAAAGAAGCUGAGCUGCGGUAGCAAUUUAGAUCCAGAUGCGCAUUUAAUAACGAUUUCUAUGACCCUACGCCUUCCAUUGGCGUUGAUACUCAAUCUGAAACCUCUCUGGCAUGGAAGGAAAUGUGCGUUUGAGUCUUUUUUAGAUUGUGAUGUUGAAUAUUGA